GUGACGGUCCGAGCCUCGGUGGAGUAGUGGUAUACUUGUUCUCGCAGCUUUCAGUUUGCAUUUGUACAAAAGUAAAGCAGACCGAUUUCCCCCACGUUUGGAAAAGUAAAGAUGACAGUUCAAUAUCAAAUACCAGUUUGGCUUGAUUGUGAUCCUGGUAAUGAUGAUACUUUUGGGAUCUUAUUGGCGGCAUUUCAUCCAAGAUUUAAACUUUUGGGGAUUUCCACGGUUCAUGGAAAUGCUCCCUUACAUAAAACAACUCAUAAUGCAGUAGCACUUUUGGAUGUACUUGGAUUUAAACAAGAUCAAAUUAAAGUAUACCCUGGUGCAGAGGAGCCUUUGAAAGGAGAACCUCUUUUCGCUGCCCAUAUUCAUGGUGAUUCAGGUAUUGGUGGUGCCACAUUACCAGAAACCCCUAAAAUUAAACCUUCAAACGAUAUAGGUUAUUUAGAAGCUAUGCGUGAUUCAGUCUUACAGUACCCAAAUCAAAUUUGUAUUGUUUGUACUGGAACCUUAACUAAUUUUGCUCAGUUAAUAAUCAAGUAUCCUGAAGUGAAAUCAAAAAUUAGAUUUUUAUCUUUAAUGGGUGGUGCCCUUAAUAUGGGUAAUAUAACAUCUUUUGCUGAAUUCAAUCUCUACUGUGAUCCAAAGGCUUCUGAAAUUGUUUUGAAUGAUCCAGUAAUUGGUCCCAAAUCAAUAUUGGCCCCUUUGAAUAUCACUCACACUGCAGUUGCCAAUUCUGCAGUUAGAUUAAAGAUUUAUAAUCCUCAAGAUGAAAAUUCAAAUUCAAGUAUUAGAGAAAUGUUUUAUAAAAUUAUCAUGUUUUACUCAAAAGCUUAUGAAACUAGAUACGGAAUAAUCGAAGGGCCCCCUCUUCAUGAUCCAGUUGCUAUAUUCUCCUUGUUGCCAUUGAUUCAAAAACAACAAAACCCUGAAGAAAACUUAGAUGAAGAUUACAAAUAUCAUUAUUUAAGAAGAAAAUUAACCAUUGUUCAGGAUGGCGAACAUAAAGGUGAGACCUUGGUAAAGGACAAUGACUCAUCAAUCGAAGAAGAGGACGGUUCUUAUAUUGGCUUGAAUGCCAACAUUGAUUUAUUUUGGGAAUAUAUUUUAGAUUCUCUUAAAUUAGCCGAUGAACAGGUGUUUGGCUCAAAAUAAUGACCUAUGAUUUGCAUUUUCAUCCUUAUACAUAUACAAUUAUAUAUUAUAUGCAAAAGGCUC